AUGGACAGUUCAUAUUCAAAUAGACCAUCGGAUGGCAACCCAUCUUUUCCUGCAGAGGCUGCACAAAACCUCUACUCGAGCAAAGGCGUACGCAGCUUCAACGGCUGGCAUUCAAGCAGCAGCAGCAGCAGCAGACCGAAGGGCCGAGUUCCUACAUCAUCUACAUCAUCAUCACUGAAUCCCCGCGGACCCCAGAUCCUCCAGCCGACCAAGCUCAACUCGGAGCCCAACAGCGACGACAAACCCGCGGAAAACCACAUGACAGCCAGCGACCCAUCCUGGCGCAACGGCAGCCCGGGCGGCGAAACCACACAGCGACGCGGGACCAGCCACGAGCACAGCGACGACCACCUCCGCUCGGCCGAGCUGGCAUCGCUGCAGGAGAUGGUGGGCUGGCAGCACGGCGAGAUGGAGGCGAUGAAGCGCGCCAUCGAGGACAUGCAGGGCCUGCUGGCCAGGCAGCGCCGCGAGGAGAGGGACCUGUCGUGGCAGCUGCGCGAGCACAGGGCCGUUUCACACGGGAGGGCCGCGCUCGUCCGCGACUGGAGGGAGCACGCCCGCGGCAUCUGCGUCGCCUACCGCAGCACCAUACGUCGCCAGGCGGCCGAGAUCUCGCUGCUCAGAGCUGAGCUGGCCAGGGGAAAGGGCCAGGUCGAGCGGCGGGAGUCGGCGCCUCUUGGGGAGUGUGGUGACGGCUGUGGCAAGCUCUCUGAUGCUUGA